AUGGCGCCCGCAGCAUCGACCGGUGGCAAGAAGCAAAAGAAGAAGUGGUCCAAGGGCAAGGUCAAGGACAAGGCCCAGCACGCCGUCGUCCUCGACAAGACCACCUCGGAGAAGCUCUACAAGGAUGUCCAGUCCUACCGUCUGAUCACCGUGGCCACCCUCGUCGACCGUCUGAAGAUCAACGGCAGCCUCGCCCGCCAGGCUCUGGAUGACCUUGAGGAGAAGGGCCAGAUCAAGAAGGUUGUCGGCCACUCCAAGAUGAACAUCUACAGUCCGUUCCCACCUUUUCCCGCCAUAUCUCAACAAUCAUGUACUAACUUUUUUUUCCAGCCCGUGCCGUCACCGCCGAGUAAACGAUUCCGUCUUUCGUCUUUUCGCGCGGUUCUCUUCUUUUCCUUGUGCUACGAAUGA